CCUCUCGCUCUCGGACUCAGAUUAUCUCCAUCGUCCUGCUGCUGCUGAGAUGUCGACUCCAGAGGCUGCAGGGACUCCAGGAGCGCCCGGGGGCCCGCAGGGGGAGGGGGGCCCCUCGGCUGCGGCCCCGAACCUGACGAGUAACAGACGACUGCAGCAGACGCAGGCGCAGGUGGACGAGGUGGUGGACAUCAUGCGCGUGAACGUGGACAAAGUCCUGGAGAGGGACCAGAAGCUGUCGGAGCUGGACGACCGGGCCGACGCGCUGCAGGCCGGAGCCUCGCAGUUCGAGAGCAGCGCCGCCAAACUCAAGAACAAGUACUGGUGGAAGAACUGCAAGAUGAUGAUCAUCAUGUCCGUUAUCGGUGUCAUAUGUGUGGGAGUCGUCUUCUUGUAUUUCUUCUACUGAGCUUCUCCUCGGAGAUGAACGAACACGUCACAGGACGAGUCUGCACCGACAAACACCAACUCAACCAAAUCCAGCCUCUUCGUCCGACCUCCUCCUCUUCCUCAUCUUCCCCACAAACCUUCGUGCAUGAUCUGAAAUGUGCUCCAGUGCCUCCAGGUUUCUCUGCUUCCAGCAGAAAACACUCUCAGCUGAACAGCAGGAGGAUGUAAUACUGACGAGGACCAGAAGGGGGCGCUCAUGGCGUAAGGACGGUUUCUUUUCUUUCUGCAAGUUUCGGAUCGUAUCUCAGUAACAAAUGUCGGCCAUCUUGUGGACAUGAAAAUGAACAGUUUUUACGGAAGAUCAAAGAUUUAUUGACGUGAGUUUGUUCAUCAGACUCGAUGUUUUAUAUUAAAUAACUUAACAUGAAGAGUUCAUUUAUCGUACGUUUUCAGAAACUGAAUACGAAGCAGGACGGAAUUUUAGGUCAAAACGUGUAUUGAGACAAAUGCCUUAAAGAAGUCGUCCUUAAUUAAUUUAACAAAUUGAGAAAAUCUGCAAACUUCAGUCACAUUAAAGGAUUUAUUUGCUAAAGAGGCUGAAGAAAUCUCCACAUUAUUUAUUUUGUGUGAAACGGCUGAUUUAAAAAAACAGCUGUAGAAAGAAAAUAAAGGAAAAACCUUUGUGUUGUAUAAAAUAUGACACGUCACAUAUAUAAUAUUAAUUUGGUUUUGAUGGACUGACAGUUUUUCUUGCCGUGAAUCAUCACUGAACAUUAUUUUAAACACAAGUUCGUUUCUCUUCUUCCCUCAUGUCUGUGUUGUACUUGCUGCCCCCUUGCUGUCAGUGUUGGAACUGCUACAGCUGUAUUUCCACUUUGAGCAGAAAUCCGGAUCAUUUCCAUUUCUCCGUUUGUUUGAUGUUCACGAUGCUGCGACUCCCCGGGUGUUAUUUGUAAUUGUCUCGUGAAUCAACCCGACGUCAUCUCGUAGUUUGAAUGUGAAACUCGAUGCUUCGUUCUGUAUAGAUCAUUUAUGAGAGGAGUGUUUGGUGAGUGUAGUUUUAAUCGUCUACCACGAGGCUGUAGAUAUUAAAGGAUUGAUUAUGAAGAGAGAAGUUUCAAACUGUAAAUGACACAAAGACAUGUUGAGGUGAUUCUGAUUGUGAGCUGGGAUCAAAUAAACUCAUAUUUCAAAGAGAAA